UUGCUAGCUACUUGUAGAGCCAUCUUCCUCGAUAACAACUCAAAUAUUUCAUCUGCUUCAAAGACCGGAGAGCGUUGCCCUCUCCUGCGUAAUUCGCCAUGAGGUUCUCGACUGCCUGCGUCGCGGCUAUGUCCGCUAGCCUCGUCUCCGCGGGAAGUUGGUUCGGCGGCCUCCAAGAGGUUAUUACAGACGACGCCCAGAAGGUCCCCGGCGACUCGCCCCUCGAGUUCUGCGACUCCGAUCACAGCAAAGACGUCGUCAGGAUUGAGAGCGUCGACCUCCAGCCGAAUCCCCCCCAGCCGGGCUCGCAGCUAGUUAUCCACGCCACCGGCACCGUGUACGAACCCGUCACCCAGGGCGCUUACGUUAAUCUCGUCGUCAAGUUCGGCCUGAUCCGACUCGUCAGCACCCGGGCCGAUCUCUGCGAGCAAAUACAGAACGUCGACCUCGAGUGCCCCAUCGAGAAGGGUGUCCUGACCAUCACCAAGACCGUCGACAUACCCAAGGAAGUCCCUCCGGGAACCUACAACGUCUACGCCGAGGUUAUCAACGCCGAUAAGAAGCCCAUCACCUGCCUCCAGGCAUCGGUGAAGUUCGGUGGCAGCUCGCCCGGCGAUUUGUAGAUUGCUUACGAUUAGGACAUACCACCACCUCUUACCACUACCUCAACUAUACUGUCGUCACAUCAUCACCUGAGAGAGCAAGACCGGAACGAGAGGGCUGGAUUGACGAUGAGCACGAUUGUAUGGUACUCCUUUGACGGAACGUAUGGGCGUCUCUUUUUUUUUGGGGCCUCUCUCUGUGCUCUUCUAAGUCUGCGUUUGUAUGGAUCGGGGAGCAUCCCAGUUUGAUUUAGCCACCGUUAACUUGUGCUGU